AUGUCCAGUCCAAACCCGCCUCCUCCCAAACCAAAGAAGGCUGCUGCCUUUAGUCAAACAGGUAGAUCACUUCCUCCACCACCAUCAAUUUCAGCUCCGACUGCACCAGCAAGUCCAGCUCCAAGACCUCCAUCACCAUCAGCUCCAACAACUACAACAACAACAACUACUACAACUACUACAACCCCUACAUCUCAUGCGACAAACAAUCAUCAUGCUCCAACAACUACAACAACUAAUGGAACAGGUCGACCCCUGCCACCUAGAUCACCCGACAUUGGAUCGCAAGGCAGUCAUCAUGGAACACACACAUCAUCAUCAUCAUCAUUUCUUAACGCCAAUAGAUCACCUGAUACACUGUCGCCAGAGUUACACUCUGCCGCUGCAGCACCACUUCCACAUCCUGUAAUACCUCCACGCAAUAUCAAUAACAACAACAGCAACAAUAAUAACAAUGGCAAUGCACCAACAUCACCAAUUGCCAACAACAACGCAGUAAGACAACCAAUCAAGGCACACUCAGCCAAUGAUCUAUUGAACAACCUCCCACCACGACCAAAUGUCACCAGGUCAUCCACGCUCAAGCCUGCUGCUGUCACAGAGGCUACACCAAUGCCCACCGUGGCCAAGAGCUCGACCAUGCGCAAGCCAUUGCCCAACCUGCCACCACCAGGCGCACCAACCACCACCACCACUACACCAUCGCCUUCAACGGCCUCACCUAUAGCAUCACCAUCAUUGACCAGCUCACCCGCUGGAGCGGCGACGGGCACAGAGUCAAGCGUGGAGAAGAUGCGAAACAACCUCAAGUCGGCGCCACAUCCCCUCCCGCCCCUGCCCAAGCUGCCCGCAGGUGAGCGUGGCACAAUCUCGCGACAAUUGCCCAAACAGAGUCAGUCCAGUCUGCAGCUGUCCACUCCACAGCCACAGCAGCAACAGCAACCAUUGCCACCACAACCUCAACAGUUGACCCCAUCAUCAUCGCAGGGCAACCUGGCGAAUGGUCUAUCACAGACGGCAACAGAGCCACGAGAGAGCGUCACAGUCACACUGAUCCCCAACGAGUCGGUAGCCAGCGAGUUUGCACAUCCAUCACUCGAUCAUUUGGCAGCGUUCUCCUCCAUGCGCGAUCUCAAGGCCAAGGAGAUCCUCACGACAGAGCGAACCUACUGUGACAACAUGCGUAUCCUCGUCGAGGUGUUCAUCGAGCCGCUCAAAGCGGGCGAGGGUGGCAUCUCCAAGGAGAACGCCUCUGUCCUUUGCUCCAACCUCUCGGACAUCCUCCAAGUGUCCAUCGAGCUACUCAUGCGACUAGAGGAGAGGCUCCUUGCCUGGUCCACCACACAGCGCAUUGGUGAUGUAUUUAAGACCCUGAUCCCCUUCCUAAAGAUGUACACAAACUAUACAGUUGGAUAUGAUAAUGUUAUGAAUGUAGUGACUGAGUGCGAGAAGAACUCCAACUUUGUACUGUUCAUCCAGAGAUGUACCAGCGACCCAAGAACUAAGAAGCUGGAUCUCAGGUCAUACCUGAUUCAACCAGUCCAGCGUAUUACAAGAUAUCACAUGCUCCUGGACGAACUGCUAAAGCACACCGAUCCAUCGCAUCCAGAUUAUGCCGACCUCUCCAAAGCGCUUCAAGAGAUGAAGAAGGUGACAUCCGAGGCCAACGAAGCCAUCAAGCGUAGUGAGAAUCGUGCCAAGGUCCUGGAGAUCCAGAGGAUGUUUGUUGGUGAUGCAGAUAUUGUGGCGCCACAUAGAUCAUUCGUCUUUGAAGGCGUGCUGACUAAGGUGUGCAGGAAGGCAUGCAAGAAGAGACUGGUGUUCUUGUUCUCAGACAUGCUGAUAUAUGGCUCAUCAAUCCCACCCAAGCUGUUGCUACACGAGAAGAUCAUGUUGGAACACUGUAGGAUUGAAGAUAUUCCAGACGGAGACAGUGGAGGCAGUCGUGCUAUCUCGCUCAAUGGCGACGUGAUCACCAACGCCUUCCAGAUAUGCAGCAACAAGAAGUCGUUCGUCGUCUUUGCCGACACACCCGAAGGAAAGAUGCAGUGGAUGGUGUUGUUGAUGGAGACGAUCGCCGCGCUGCAGACCAAGAAGCAGACACUCAAAUCCGAUUCGAUCUCACGAGCAGAGGCGCCAGUCUGGGUACCGGACGAGACAACCACCAAUUGUCCAUAUUGUGGUGAGCAGUUUACCUUUAUGAAUAGAAGGCAUCAUUGUCGUAGCUGUGGAGAACUAGUGUGUGGAAAGUGCUCAGAGAAGAAGUUUAAGCUGCCAGUGACAGACUUCAAGCCAGCAAGAGUAUGCUUUGUUUGUUACGAGAAGCUAUCCAACGCCAAUGCCAAUGCCAAAUAA